UACAUGAAAUUACUAAGAGGGAUCAAUUUCUUAUGAAACUAAGAUCUGAAUUUGAAAGCACCAGGUCUAAUCUGAUGAAUCGAGAAACAGUCCCAUCCUUGGAUGCAUGUCUCAAUGAUUUAUUUCGCGAAGAGCAACGACUUCUUACUCAAGCCACCAUGGAACAACUUAAAUCCACUUCUGUUCCUAUGGCUUAUGCAGCUCAAGGUAGGCCAAAAGGUAGGGACAUGAGUACUAUUCAGUGUUUUUGUUGCAAAGGAUUUGGCCAUUAUGCUUCAAAUUGUUCAAAAAAAUUUUGCAACUACUGCAAAAAGGAUGGGCAUAUCAUCAAGGAAUGUCCUAUUCGACCCCCCAAGAGAUCUGGAACAGCAUAUACUGUCUCAGUUGGUUCCUCUAGUGCUGGUAGUUCUGUGGAUACAGCACAUCUGACACAAAGUGCUCCUGCUCCUGCUCCUGUUCAAUCUGUGACACCUGAAAUGAUUCAACAAAUGAUCAUUUCUGCAUUUUCCGCAUUAGGACUCUCAGGAUCAGCAAUCGGGGAAGAUGAUCGCAAGGGGGCCUAAAGUAGGACGACUUUUUCCUCUUCAAUUUCCUAUGUCUCCAUGUUCCUCUUUACCUGUUAUCACUUGUAAUUCUACUUAUGUUGAUUAUCGAGCAUGGCAUAAACGUCUUGGACACCCAAACUCUAAUGUACUUCAUGCUUUGCUAAAUUCUGGUUUACUUGGGAAUAAAGGAUCACCAUCUCUUAGUACUGUUCAA